CUGUCAGAAAAUUGGUGUUUUGACAUUCAGAAGACAAAAUAAUCCAUCGUUCGAUCCAGAUUGAAAAAUAAAUCAGAUCUAUUGUAAAAACUUAAAGACCAGAUGAGUGUUUUGCUGAGAUCUUUAAGCCGGAAUACUCCUGCCCUAUGGACGAAGGCGGCAUUCUCGACUUCUUCCGUCGUUCUAAAUGAUUCGAGUAAGCACAAGGAAGCACCUAUUAUCGAUGCAAAUCUGAUCAUUGCUGAUGACGUCGAACGUCGCGAACGGGAGAAACAGGCCAGCACAAUCGCUGUUCCGGUUAAGGUUGAUUUAUCACCGAUUACCGGUGUACCAGAAGAGCAUGUCAAGGAGCGCCGGGUACGUAUUUUCAUGCCAGCUAAAAAUGCCAUGCAAAGCGGCACGGAUAAUAUUCAUCAUUGGACCAUAGAAUUCGAUAAUCGCGAACGCUGGGAAAAUCCACUUAUGGGAUGGGCUUCCUCAGGUGACCCACUGUCCAACAUGCGAGUCGACUUUGCAUCACCCGAUGAAGCAAUUGUACACUGCGAAAAGAAUGGCUGGAGAUGGUUCGUAGAUAAUCCGGAGGUGAAGAAGAAGAACCGUGUCAAGAAUUACGGAGUCAAUUUCUCAUGGAAUAAGCGCACCCGUGUUUCCACCAAGUAGGCUUCCGGUACGUCAGGAUAGGUGGCAUUAGGUGAUUACUUGUAAAUACAAAAUUGGAACGGAGUAACGGUUUUCGAUGCCAGAGAAUAAAUAUUCACGCUUCUGAAACGA